GCUUAGAACGCUGGGGGAGUGAGGCCGGUGGCGGGGUUUCAACAUGGCGGCGUUGCUGGGCAGAGUUGCGGGCGGGAACCCUUUUGCUGCCUGGCAGGUGAGGGACGCGGGGAAAGUGGGGGGGACCUAUUGUGCUGUCCUGCGCGUCGAUAACCGCACUUUGGCCCCGUGGUGUGUUAUUUAGUGAAGAUUCCUGCAUUGCAGGCGGUUGGGCUAGAACAUGGGGAGGCAACCUAAAAGUAGAAUGUGUCCUUUUAUUUAAAAUGCAUCUCUGGGUGAUUUGUGGUGUAUAGGAUUUCGUUCAUUCCCCCCCCCCCCAAAAAAAUAGUCCGGCUCACCGCAUGGUCUGAGGGACAGUGGACCUGCCCAUGGCUGAAAAAGGUUGCUGACCCCUGGGCUAGAUGGAACUCCGAGAUCCCUUCCAGUUCUAUGAUUCUAUGAAUGCUUCAGGUUUUCCGUAUUCCUUGGUGUUGGCGGCCGCCAUUUAGCCCCCCCCCCCCAAUUUGAUGGUGCCAAUGUCAGGUUUUGAUUUUGGAAAAUGUUGGUAGUAAUUAGCACGGAUGUGCUUCUGAACAUCUACAAGGUGUCAUUUCUCUUCCUGCUCUGUCCAGGGAGAACGCUAUCCAAAUAUAUAUGUAUAUGGGACACGACUUUUGACCCCAUAUGACCUCUCAUUUCAUUAACUGUUUUUUUUUUCUGGGCUACUUCAUCAUAUUGCAUUGUAAGAAAAAAAAAUGUUUGAUAACCUGACUUUUUUAAAAAAAAGCAAACAAGAAACAAAAAAUGUCAUACUAGCGUCUAAUAAUAAUGUCAAUAAUUGUCGAUUUGCUUGCUAUUAGGGUUAGUAUUGGAAGUGCACUUGAAGAACAAAAAUAAAUAAAGGAAUUUGUAGAUUAUAACUUGUAGUUAGCCUAUGCAAUAAAGAAUUGUCUUUCCUUCCUGCUCCAGAGUCUUGCAAAAUACAAAGUGGAACCAAUCACCUGGAGGGUGUGGAUCAGGCAGAAAUUUACAAGGUCAAGAAUUCCCGAAUCGGUAAGCUUUGUGUUGUGGGGGUGCGGAAUUAGUAUCUCAUUUUCUUUCAUUUAUUUAUUUUCAUAAAAUACGUCUUUUUUCAUUUUGUUCCAUAAGUAGAGAAAGCAGUUACAGACCUCAAAAAAGGACAAAUAGAAUAAGCGAAAGGAUAAGAAGAGAGAAAAGUAAACACUACAGUGGUACCUCGGUUCAAGAAUAGUCCUGUUUACGAACAAUUUGGUUUACGAACUCCGCAAAACUGGAGGUAGUGUCCCGGUUUGCGAACUUUACCUCAGUCUAAGAUCGGAAUCCAAAUGGUGGAAGGGCACUGGCGGCGGGAGGCCUCAUUAGGCAAAGCGCGCCUUGGUUUAAGAAUGGUUUUGGUUUAAGAACAGACUUCCAGAACAGAUGAAGUUGGUAAACCGAGGUACCACCGUACAGUGGAGCUACAGAUAGUUAGCAUCUCAUACCUUUUGGGAGGAAGCAUCUCAAAGCUAAAUUGUAAAAUGUCCUACAAAUAUUAUAUGAGAUAUUCCAAGAAUCAUUGACCAGUAUGUCUGCCUUACCACAUAUAUUCACAUAUCAAACUCUCUUGUAAAAAAAAUCUUCAGGUCCAUGUUCUACUGUUUACAAUUCAUUUAUAUGCAUGUUACUCAGAAGUAAGUUUCAUUAUAUUCAGUGGGGCUUAACCCCCAGGUAAGUGUACAGUACAUAGAAUUUAAAUGUAAAUGUGCUACACAUAGAAUCACAGAAUUGUAGAGUUGGAAGAGAUCCCAAAGGUCAUCAAGUUCAACUCUGUGCAGUGCAGGAAUCAGAGCUGAAGAAUCGCUGGCAGAUGGCCACCCAGCCUCUCUUUAGAAACCUGCAAUGAAGGAGUGUCCAAUGUUAGUGAUACUCAGAAUAGGAGCACUGAAAGAAAUACUCAAGUCCAUUGAUUUCAAAGGGUCUACUCUGAGUAUCACUAAUAUUGGAUAGCACCAUAUACCAAUGAAAGGGAUAGUUUAAGAACCAAAAAUCAAUAGAGGGGAAAAUACCAAUAUUAUGCUUCAUCUCUUCUUGUCAUCCUCUAAUAAAAAAUAAAUGGUUCAGGGAAAAAUACAAAUAGUAUAAUUCAUUCCUUUUUAGUACACACAUAUUUUAGCACAGUAUCAUUUUGCUAAAAGAAAGAAUUGAUACAGACUUAUUCCUCUGCUGUCUUCAACUACUUUGCUACAAAUUACCUUUUUACAACUACUGAUAUAGUAUACUAUUCAGCUACUGAUAACUGUAUUACUGAAACCUGCUUUUGUUGAAUUUAUUUUAGGUAUUUCAGCCGUGGCCUGGUGAUCAUGAAAAAUAUGGGGGUGAUCCACAGCAGCCCCAUAAACUGCACCUUGUGACCAGAGUCAGAAGUGGAAGAAGGCGUCCUUAUUGGGAAAAAGAGAUAAUCAGAUCUCUUGGAUUGGAAAAAGUAUAAAAUACAUUAGCAUUUUGUGGGGAUGCUCUGUUGCAUGGGGGAAAGCCCAGUAAAUAAUUAUCUCUGUCUGGCAUUAAAACAUACAGCCUAAUCCUACACAUGUUUAUUCAGAUAUAAGUCCCACUAUAUUAGAUUAGACUUGCUCCUUGGUAAAUGUGCACAAGUUUGCAGUCUUUCAGAGAUAAGAGUAGAACAACUUCAGCUCAGGGCAAGGGCAAGGUAUUAAAUUCAAUGAUCUGCUGAGUCCCUUUGCAGUUUCUUGUAGAAGAUCCACAUUAGUUAAUGGUAAAUCGUUAAAAAUGGGUUUGAUAUCUGUUUGCCUUUAUAUUCAGUUUAUAUUCAGUAUAUAACAAAGGUACCAGCCAAACUUUCCUGAGCAGAGCAGAAUGAGAUAGGAACUCUCACCAAUGGCUCCCUAAUGCCUGCUCUGACAUGCUACAGCAGUGUAAUCUUCUACAUUGGGAGGAGAGGGGAGCCCAGAAGUGCACUCAUAGCAGCUUCUGUUUAUCUUUGGGUCGGGGGUGGGCAGCUGGAACUACCUGGGAGAGUGGGGUGGAGGUUGCCUAGCAACUUUCCAAAAACCCAGCUGAGGCAUUCCAUGUCUGUGCAUCAUUAUGCAUCAUUAUCCUGUUCUCAGCUUGUAAAUCACUUGUUAGAUAUCCAUGAAAAAGCAGUUUCAAAGCCAUACUAGGUAUAUUUUGUUGUGCAACCAGUUGCCUGAGAGCAUGUGGGAACAUACAUUCACAUUCUGCCAUGCAAGACAAGUAGAUGCUUUGCAUCUGGAUGUCUUACCGCAGUGCAUAUAAGCAGCCGCAGUUGGAAGCUUGUCCCUGAUUAGUAAAGGAAUCUACACAUGAAAGCCUGGUUUUGAGUGUUGUUCUCUCUUGCUGAGGUGUGUAGAGAUCCAAUCAGAAUUUUUAGCAGUCAGCUAAUUCAUCUUAGUUCACUCCUUUAUCUAAGUGGUUGCUAUUUAUCACAAUUUUGACAUUCUAAAUAUGGUAGCACAUAUACAGUGUUCCAUGAACUUUAGCAGAAAUGAUCCUGUACUAAAAUAUGUGUGAGCUAAAAAGGAAUGAAUUAUACUAUAUGUAUUUUCCCCUGAACCAUUAUUUUUUUUAUUAGAGGAUGACAAGAAGAGAUGAAGUAUAAUAUUGGUAUUUCCCCCUGUAUUAAUCUUUGGUUCUUAAACUAUACCUUUCAUUGGCAUAGGGUGCUAUCCAGUAUUAGUGAUACUCAGGGUAGACCCUUUGAAAUUAAUGGACUUGCGUAUUUCUUUCAGUGCUCCUACUCUGAGUAUUGCUAACACUGGAUACCACCUUCUGUAUUUUUAUUAAAUCUUCAUGGAUGAAUUCACCUCUUUAGGCUCUCACAGAAUGAAGGACAAUAUAUGUGAAUAAUAUAAAUCACCAAGUAAUGCAAUAACAGCCAAUGUAAUGCUAACCAGAUGUUGUUAUCAAGGAUAACACCUGUUAUCCAUGACCUCUGGCUAGUCUUGCUGGAGCCGAUGGAAACUGGAGUCCAACUAGAUGAUCUGCAGAGUAUCACAUUGGCUACCCCUUAAGUAAUGCAGGAUUGUCAUAGUUAUAUUUUAAGAAUAGCACACUCGCUGCAACUAGUACUGCAAGCUCUGUGUGUGUGUAUGCAAUCAUGUGUUUGAAACUGAACUUUUCUGUGAAACUGAACUUUUCUAUAAAAUCUGCUUAUCUACAGAGGUAUGAGCUAAGAGUGCAUAAAAACAUCCCUUCUGUGAAUGAAAAACUGAAAGUGAUUAAACAUCUAAUAAGGUUAGUUAACUCUUCUUGACAAAAGCAUUUUAAAAUGGCUUUUGUAGAGCAGCACUAAUGUAUUUUGUCUCUUCUCCUGCUUCCUCCUCCGCUCCUAUAGCAUAAAGCCAUUAAAGCUACCCCAUGGAAUUCCAUCUGAAGAAGAAAUGUCUGACACCUUUAUUAACUGUGCAGGUGAACUAAUAAUUCGCCGUCGUCUAAAAGAACCGGAACAGAAAAAGAUUGAUGCUUUGUAAUGUGUAGUGGCAUUCUGUACAAUAAAUGUAAUUUUAAACUGAAAUUUGAUUGGGGAGCUCAUCUACCCAUCCCUUGUACUGUGUCAAGGCUUUAUUUGACUGAUUAAUCAAACGUGGCUAGUACUAAUGCUGAUUAUACAAGCAUUUCAUCAAGCGUGACUGUAUGUGUAUGUAAUUCCUUUUUCCACUGUUUGCCUAUUGGAAGCACCAUAGUAGGUCUCAAACAUUUCUACCGCCAGCGAUCACUUUUCCACAAUGACUUGUCUAAGCAACUCCCUGAAGAACCACCAAUGGAGUCUGAAAUUUGUAGGGUGGUUAAAAGCCCCUCUUGCCUCCCCCCCUUUUUUGCUUCUGCUUUGUUUCUUUUUGGGAUUCUCAUUUUAGAUGCACCUCACUGGGACGCCGGCCAAACUGAACCUCAGGCAAGCAGCAGCAGAGCAUGAUGGUUGUCCCACUACCAAGCUCUGAACAUAAAGGGGACUUGGAUUGUAGCCUAAAGCAUGACCACCUCAUUAUUCUAUGUUUAAUAGAAAGUGUACACUAAACCAACCCAGUACUAUCCAGCAGUAUACUGUAGGAGAAACUCAAUGCAUGGACAAACUCUCUUCAUUUUUAUUUUCAAUGAGGAAUUCUUUAUAAACUCCUGAAGAAACUUGGUUCCCUGUAACAGUUUGUCUAAUACACUGUUUGAAAUAUGGAAUGUAUUCAUUAUUCCUGAUUUGGGCAGAAAUAAAAUGAGUGACUUCAGUGCAUGCUAAGGUUCAUAUAAGUCCUUGUUGCUGUUGCUGUACCGGGAAGGAAACAAACCAGAGGCUGGCUUUCUGUUUCAUAAGCCAAGAAUGGAAGGCAAGGUUGGUUCUUGGCUUCGCCAUUGUCGUUUGAGGAAAACAAAUCAUGAGUGUUGGUUUGCAUGCAACACAAAGGCCUGCCUCAGGUUUCUUUCCUCCCUCAUGGUGGCAGCAGCAGGAGUGCGAGGAGAACGACUGGAAACUUCUGAGCAAUAUAAUGUGCACACGUUACGGCUGAAAAGAUUCUUUUGCGCUAAUGUUUUAUACACAAAAACAGUCCAAAUGGGCUGAAACAGCUUGGGAGCGAUGAUGACUCCAUCAUCCAUUGUAGAAUAGAACCUUGCUGAAGUGUGCUCUGUGCUAGAGUAAAAAAAAGCCAAGUUUGGUAUUAAUCAAUAGACUAUCCCUUUCCCUGGAAAUAUCACCAGGCAAAAUAGCAACUUAAAUAAUUAACAGAUGUUGGCACAUCUGCCUUCAAACCAGCUGGUGCUUUUUGGUGUACACAAAUGGCAGUAUGGAGACAAGGCAAGAGAUGAAAUUAGGUGGUGUGUAAUUAAUGAGUUUUUCAGUGUUACAUCUCGAGAUCAGUAAAGUGAUUAGCAUUAACUUCAGAGUAGAUGAAAGGAAACACUUUCUAAAACUUGUAAAAGAGUUAAUUGUCAUUUGUUAGCCCCUGACAAAGAUAUUUAAAAUAAAUAUAUAAAAGAGAGCGACACGUU